GCCUUUGAUGCCACAAACAAGUGACUCGUGAGUGCUGGUCCUAUUUGAUUCUGAAAAUUAGUGCAAAAGUUGUCUUUUUUCGGCCGAAAAUAGUGCAAAAGUGCGCCCGAAAGGUUGCAGAACAUUUUGCAAUAUAAUUUGCAUUAGAUCGAGUCCGACAUCCACAUCAGAAUGUCGGCUCAGCAGUUUUCACUUCGGUGGAAUAACUACACCAACUACAUUACCGGCGCGUUCGAUUCGCUCCGCUACGAGGAAGAUCUCGUGGACGUAACACUCUGCUGCGAGGGCAGAAAAAUCCGGGCUCACAAGAUCUUGCUAUCAGCAUGUAGCGCCUAUUUCAAGGAGAUUUUCAAAGAGAACCCCUGUCAACAUCCGGUGAUCAUAUUCAAGAAUGUGAAAUACACCGACCUGAUGUCGAUUGUGGAAUUCAUGUACCAGGGAGAGGUCAGCGUAGUCCAGGAAUCGCUACCAUCGUUCCUGCAUACAGCUGAGCUGCUCUCGAUCCGCGGUUUAACCGACAACAGUGGCGAUACGAGACAGCCGCAAACCCAGCAGCCAACAUCCUCGCUGGCACAGCAAAUCAUUCAGACGCAGAAUCAAAGUUUGCUGGACAAAGCAACGAUUACGACGGCCGAGUCCGUUUAUCUUACUCUGCCGUCGAAUUCAACCAUCGUACAUCAACCUGCAAAGUUGCUGCAGGCUCAAAUUCAGACAGCUCCCCAGAUUCUGAACAAAACCAUUAUCAAAGCUGCAUCCGCCGAAAUGCCGGCUUUGACUGCUACCGGAGCCACCAUCACCGUCCCGAUUUCCCAACCCCAACAGCACACCAUUGCUGCCAAGAUCCAGGUUCAACCACAACAAACUGCAACCGUACAACAGCAAGUACAGGUGCACCAACCACAGAUACAGCAGCAGCAGCAUGUCCAAACGCAUCAUCAGCAAUCACAACCCCAGCAGCAGCAGACCCAAGCCACAACCCUGCAGGAAGUGGUGGAGAGUGUAGUCAGUCAACCGAAGAAAAAGAAGAUCAAAGUACAACAGAUUAUUACGUCCACCCCGAACCAAUCGGGUGGCCCGACUACGACUGUUGUGACGACUCAAGUGCCCCAGGGUGCAGCGGGCGGAUCUGGCGACACGGAAAUCUACGAGACGUCCACGGAAACCUACCACAUUACGACGGCUAAGGCGGAAUCGGUUGAGCAUCGGGUGCAGGAACAAGAGCAAGUUGAAACCUAUGUGGAAGCAGCCCAGGCCAGUGGUGCGACUCUGAAGAUGGAAAUACCGGAAUACAUCGAUUGUAGCGAGGCAAUUAAUGCUUCGAGUGCGAACAAUACCUCCUACAUACAAGAGGAAAGCUACGAGCUGGUCGGCGAGAACAUGGAAGAUAAGGACGAGGAUGAUGAGGAUAUGAAUCAGGACGGUAUCGAAAUGGAAGCAUCGGAUAUGGAUAUGAGUAGGAUUUUCCAAGGAGCGACAGAUGAUCAGACCAAGGCUACUUUGUUACAAGAUAUUGUUAGUACAAACAAAUGGUCCCAAUGUCAAAUCUGUAAAUUGGUAAUUACCUCGGUCAAUCUGUGGAGGCACAUGCGAACGCAGCACACGAAUCAAGAACCGAAGAAGUGUGAUCAUUGCAGCAAACAGUUUAAGAAUAAGUACAGUUUGCGUGAGCACGUGCGCAUGGCUCACGAGAACAAACUGCAGCAGCAGCAGCAGCCGCCGCAUCAACAGCAACAAUCGAUGACAACAGCAGUCAGCGGGGAAGCCCUCUCGCCGCGAACUAGUUCGUUAACCUUGGGUUCGGUGUUGGAGGAAAACAACAGCCCGGGAAUAUCUGUGGAUGCUUCAUCGGCAGCCGGGUUGACCGUGCUGUCCGCGGCGCAGCUGGCGGCUGCGACCACGAUGAAGCUGUUUUGAUUGCAGUUCUAAGGAAUUUGUUUAUCUAGAACGGAUGGAACGAAUUGAUUUGUGGUACAAAAUGUAUAAUCCAUUAGGUGCAAUUAGUUACAAAGUAAAUUUGAUACGCUGCAGCAUCACAAAACGUUUUAAGGAUCGUGAUUCUGAUUGUCACCUGAAGCGAUUUGUUGUCGAAAAUUGUACCUUUUAGCGAAAUUGCUCAUCGGGAUAUGUACAUCAGCAUAAGUAGUCAGAAAUACGUUACGGCAUAGCGAUUAAUGAGUUCGAUACAUGAGAAUAGAAGUCUUGUGGAGUGUUGUCUAUGUAUGAUAUUCGUAAAUUAUUCUUAAUGUUAUAUAGGUACUAGAUCCAUGAUUAGUGAAUAGUUUAUAAUAGAAUGAAUCUCUUGAUUAACGCUGUAAAUAAACCAUCUUAAUAGAUUCCAAAAACAAGCUUUGUACUUUUUCGUUCGUCUUCAACUAUACAAAAUGAUGUCUGUCAACUAGAUCACUACUUUCUAAACAUGCUUCCGGAGAUCGAUUUGGUCGAAACCAAUUAUUAUAACCACUAAUG